AUGGAGGACUUCUCAGAUAAUGCCGCAUCUUUGGGCAUGGGCCCUGGUUCAUUGCCCAAAGCCGAACUCAUCAAACCCGCAGAGGUACGCGCACUGGCUGCACCGAUGGCGGAAGAAGUCUUGCAGCAAUGGGACCUGCUCCGGAAGAUUGUGGAGAGACACGAGGCAACCAUCCAGAACCGGUGGAUAAAGAAGUCCAAAUCCAAACGCCGAGGUGUCCUUCUGGCUGCAUGGCCCGACAUGUCUGAGUACCACAGGCCGGACUUUGCUGCUUUCAGGAAGAAAAGGUCUGGCGAGCAAGCUCGUGAAGGCUGUCUGUGGCCGCAUAUCAACUUGGAAGACCUCAGCAAAACCGAACCCCUUCUUCUAAUGAUCAACUCUCGCGGCCGGAACACGCCUGAUGUAUUCGCCAUGAACGACGUCGAAGAGUCUAGAUUCGGGCAGGUCAGCAGAACCAUGGACAUGCCCCGUUUUCUCAACUUGUACUCAAUGAUGUUCCUCGGAAGAUGCACCCCUCAAACAUAUGGCACCCUUGUUUCAUGGGACGAUGAGCCUGAUGCUAGCACCUGGAACUUUCGACGUACAGCAUUUCAUCCGGGCGAAGGUCUCUGGAUCCUGGAAUUCCAAUCACGCCUUUACCGAUUUCUCGUGGAUGUCUGCAAGAGCAUCCUUCACGACAUCUCCCCCGAAGAGCUCACAGACCUAGAAAUGGACAUCCCGCCUGAGCCACCUUUAGUGACUGGUAAUUCCAACGACUCCAUCGCUGCAUCACUGGCAGUCACUCGGCUUGAAGGUCCUUACCGAGUUCCUGCUCGUCUCGAUAUCGCUGGCCUCCAGAGCAUCAUCAAGUCGAAGCUAGCUGAGGCCGAAGAUCAUAUCUGGGCUCUGCGAGAGGACCCCGAUUAUUUCAGCGUCACGGUGAGAGAUUGGAAGGAGCACCGACAAGAGAUGAUGCUGGACACCAACGGCAAACCACAUCCCAUCCAUGCUCACGCCCCAGAUGUCUUCUGGCAGCGGCUGAUUGGAAAUAUGAUAUCGAGCGCCAUGUUUCCUGUGGAGGUGUACAGAUCCUUGGCGGAGAAGAUCGAUCAUCUCAUCGAUCUCAAAGACCGAAAGUAUCGCAACAGAAAUUUCAAGCCCGAUGAGAACCCAACGACCACAAUCAUCCAGGUCACAUCAGUUGGUGAUCGCAGCAAAGACGCAACGGUCGCGGAGCUCUUCUGGAUUAUCGACACUCUCUUUGACGAGAAGCAGUUGUUUCUGACUGGGCUGCCUACGCUCUUGGACGAGCUGGAGCGAGUCACGAGGAAGGACAGGGCUGCUUCACAGAUGAUUUCCGGAUGGGUCGCAGCGCAAAUUGCAGAUCUCUCGGUGCUAUCAGAGUGCGAAAGACAACUGGAUCUGUUUCAACCAUGGGCAGCAUCGUUCGAAAGCGACAUUGCCGAGAACCAAACAGAAAUCGACAGGGACUUCCAUGAGUUGGUGCGUCGCCUGGUACCCAUCAACGACUUGAAGAUCGGCCUGGCGACGGCAAGAAUGGGCAUUCCAGACGGGGAUAAGUUCAAGUAUCUCGUGGAGAGGAAGAGAAACAAGCAGAACAUCAACCAGAUGCGUGCGGCGGAACGUGCCCUCGAUAGCUUCUGGGCCGAUAUCCAGCAGAGCUUGUGUGGAAGAGACGGUAUUUCAUCUCGGCUGCGCAACAUUCUCCAACGAAGCGUUCAGAGGACCCCAGAAUGGGUUGAGACGGCCAAGGCGAAGGCGCCUGCCGCAGAGGGCCAAGACCCAAGUCUAGCUGCGCCGUUUGGUGGUUUGUCGAUGCAAGACACGCCGAAGGAAAAGCCCUCACCUCGACCAAAGACCAAGCUGAAGACGAAGGGGGCAGUUCCGGUUGCCGCGACGACCCCUGUCCAAGACCAGGAGCAGCCACAGGCAGCGAAGAGACCUCUAUUCAAGGUGGACAAACGUGCUCUCAAAGUCUUCAACACACUGUUCUUCAACCCCUUGACGUCUUCUUCCCCUGUAGAGAUUCCCUGGACGGAGUUCCUCCAUGCCAUGCAGAGUGUUGGGUUUCACAUGGAGAAGCUGUAUGGAUCGGCGUGGAAGUUUACGCCAACAAAGCUCGAUGUUGAGACCAGCAUCCAAUUCCAUGAGCCUCAUCCGAGUUCGAAGCUGCCGUUUGUUUUUGCCAGGCGUAUUGGCAGACGUCUCAACAGGGAAUACGGAUUGGAGGGGGAUAUGUUUGUCUCUUUGUAG